AUGUCGAGCUCGGUAAAAACACGCGACUCUGCACUUAACGCCAUUAAGCGGUAUAUGGCUAAGAGUGUGGACGAUGCCUUUACAAUGGAUGCAGAAAGCAUAAAGAGUUAUAUGCAACUGCUCAGUGAGCAGUGGACUCGCUUUAAUAGCGCUCAAGAUACGGUCGACAUUUCGUGUGGAAGUGAAAAUGUAGAUAUUGAAGAAAGUGUGCGAAUUCAAGCUGAGACGUGGUACUCUACAGCUUUAGCAAAUUUUAAUCGCGUACAGAAGUGUCGUGCCGAAGCGCAACCCGCGUCCGUGUCAACGCCUGUGUCUGCAGCAAUACGGCUGCCAAAGAUGGAGCUGCCUAAAUUCUCUGGGGACUCCACUGAGUGGAUCGGUUUUUUUGACGCAUUUUCUGCCUUGGUCGACUGUAAUGCCGCAUUGUCAAAAGGUCAAAAACUUCACUAUCUUCGUAGUUGUUUAAGGGGUGACGCGUUAAAAAUCAUAAGUGGUUUUAAAAUAUGUGAUGUUAAUUAUGAAGAAGCUUGGGACCUACUAAAAUCGCGUUAUAAGGUCAUGCGAGUUAUAGUUGAAGGACAUUUUAGAGCUAUGGCCAACGUAAAGAGAGCAGCUAGUGAUAUCGCUGACGCAAUUAAGGGAGUGAUCGACGCUUUCCAGCAACAUAUACGCGAGCUUAAGGCUUUGGGACGCCCAGUGGAAUUUUGGGACGGUUGGCUAGUGUACGAACUAGUCAAUAAAUUAGGCUUCGAAACACGAAAGCAAUGGGAGCUAUCACUUGUCACUGAUGAGCCUCCGACAUUCGAACAGCUGGCCACGUUUUUAGAAGUUAGAUGUCAUUCUCUAUCAAUGCUAUCAUCGUCAACGGUAUUAUUGCCAGCUAAGGGUAAAACCGCGUCGGUGUGUAAGUCUACGAAUGUGUUUCACGCAGUGCAAGAUCAGGACAGCACGGGCUGUACAUUUUGUAACGGGCCACACAAAAUAUACAGUUGUGAAAAAUUUCGGGACCUUGACGCAAACGGUAAGUCGAAAUUUGUGAGAGAAUCGCGCGUGUGCAUGAACUCCUUAAGUUUAGGCCAUUAUAAGGCAAAGUGUAACAGCACAUCUGCAUGCAGGAUUUGCCAUCAACGCCAUCAUACGCUGUUGCAUAAUGCUGUCGCUACAACUAACGCUACAACCGUUACUCAUUUCGUCAACAGCGCUUCUUUUAGGCCUUUCUCCCCCGCCGCAGACGUCAUGCAUCAAACGAACGUAACCGUUUCAUCCGCUAACGGGCCUUCCACAGACACCGCUGCUGCCUGUACGUCUUCACAUUUGAAUGUCAAUCCCAACCAGCCUCGUCCAAGAGAAAGAACUGUGCUGUUGGCGACCGCCUUAGUCAAGGUACGCGAUUGUUCUGGUCAUUGGCAACCCGCUCGCUUGUUGUUUGAUUCUGGUUCGCAUGCUUCUUUCGUAACCGAGUCAUGUGUACAACGCUUGGGAUUACCGCGAAGAGGGUCCGCAAUAUUAAUUUCUGGAAUUGGUUCCUCCCAAGGGAUACGCUCUAAAGGUGAAGUAUUGCUUUCAUUAUCAUCUCAUUUUUCAGAUCUAUGCUUUACUGUUGACGCAUUGAUUCUGCCUAAAAUCACAAGCGAUUUGCCAACACAGCCCUUGAAGGUUUCGGCGUGGCCGCACAUACAAGAUCUAUUUUUAGCCGAUCAGCACUUCAUGAAACCCGGGCGUAUCGAUAUCUUGGUCGGAAUGGACGUCAUGGGACAGCUCCUCUGCUCGGAGAUUCGUUAG